GCUGCGCAUGCGCACUGAGGCGCCAGCUGGCUGCUCGGCGGAGGCCGCUUCCAGCCGAAAAAAAACAAGGAGGGAAAAAAAAACUUGUAGCUGCGGUCGGAGCGGCUCCCACCAUCGGCAGAAAUAAACAUCACCGCUCAGGAGCCUGAGCCUAACCCGAUUAACCGCCCUUCCCCCACCUUCACCCCGAUCGAGUGACGGAGACGGGUGCACCGGGGCCUAUCUAUUAUUUUCGGUGUUUUUUUUUGUGUUGUGUGUGUGUGUUUUCCCCCCUCCCGCACCCACCCGCCCCGCUCCUUUUCCUUCCAAUGUUGUUCUCCUUCGCCUCGGCUCACGGAUUUGAAUUGUGGGAGAAGCAGCGAGGCCGGAGCCGGACCUGGACCUGCGGCUCUGCACCCCCGGCCGUGCCUGCAGUGAGCCGCCGGCGUUGAAGGUGGCUUUCUCCAGCCUUUUCCCGUCUCCGCCUGCCAUGAACGGUGGCGGCGGGGCGCUGCCGGGCGGGGUCUCCAAGGUGAAGUACUGCCGUUACUACGCCAAGGACAAGACCUGUUUCUACGGCGACGAGUGUCAGUUCCUGCACGAGGAUCCCAAUAAUGGCGCCGCUUCCGCGAGCCUCGGUCUUGUCGUCAAUAACAACCACCCGGGACUGGGAGUCGGGGCGGCCGCGGCUGCGCCGGGAGCCGGAGGCGGCGGCGGCGGUGGAGGAGGAGCUGCCGGCGGAGGGGGUGGCGGCGGCGGAGGGGGAGGAUAUCCACACGGAGGGCCCAAGAAAAACGAGCUCGGCAGCCUGGUGGAACCCGGGCAGCUGCUCACCAUUCCAGGACUGGAAACAGCAUUACCAGAUAACCUCACCAACUCAUACUUCAGCAGCAGCUUUAUUGGGGUAAAUGGCUUUGGAGGAGGGCCAGCUGAGCCAAAGUACCCGUUGAUUCAGAGGCAAGCUAACAGCAGCAGCUCACCCAGCCUGUUGAGUGAUUGUGCCAAAGCUUAUGCUUGUGCAGGACAUGAUCAACUAAAUUUACCUGCCUCAUUGUUCAGUGAAUUCUCUGGCCUCAGCAUUUCUCAACGGAGAAAGACACCGAAUCCAGCUGCAAAUGAAUUCAUCCCAAAAGGAGGAUCAACCCCUCGGCUAAGUUCUGUGUCCCAAUCGAACAUGUCAGCUUUUUCACCAGCCUUGUUCUCUCAUCCGUCCUUGGGCAGUCCAUCAGCAGCUGGGUUAGCCCCAGGAAUGUCCUUAUCAGCUGGAUCAUCUCCUUUGCACUCUCCAAAAAUAACUCCCCAUACGUCGCCUGCCCCUCGAAGGAGGAGUCAUACUCCAAAUCCAGCAAAUUUCAUGGUACCUACUAGUGCCUCUACACCAGUGUCUGAUGCAGUCUCUCAGUCUCCAUCUUCUGGUCAGGUGAUACAAAAAGAAACUGUGGGAGGGACAACUUACUUCUAUACUGACACAACUCCAGGACCUCUUCCAGGAAUGGUAUUUCCAACUUAUCAUAUCUAUCCUUCAUCUGCACCCCAUGUUGCUUAUAUGCAGCCUAAAGCAAAUGCGCCUUCUUUUUUUAUGUCCGAUGAACUCAGACAGGAGUUGAUCCACAAGCAUUUAAUAACUAUGGCACAGAUUGACCAAACCGAAAAUCCAGGGUUUCCAACAGAGGUAGACAACUACCACAGUCUUUUUCCUUUGGAGCCUCCACCAGCUAGUCGGCUACAAAAAACAAGUAAUUUUGGUUUCAUUACAUCCUGUUAUAAAGCUAUCAAUAGCAAAGACGACCUCCCAUACUGCCUUCGCAGGAUACAUGGCUUUCGGCUUGUCAAUACUAAGUGUAUGGUCUUAGUGGACAUGUGGAAGAAGAUACAACAUUCAAAUACAGUAACGCUUAGAGAAGUAUUCACCACCAAAGCAUUUGGAGAACACUCACUUGUAUUUGCUUAUGACUUUCAUGCUGGUGCAGAAACAAUGAUGAACAGGCACUUCAAUGAUCCCAGUGCUGAUGCCUAUUUCACGAAAAGAAAAUGGGGCCAGCAUGAUGGACCUCUCCCUCGCCAACAUGCAGGAUUACUGCCAGAAUCACUUAUUUGGGCCUACAUCGUCCAACUGAGCUCAGCACUGCGGACUAUUCAUACAGCAGGACUGGCCUGUCGUGCUAUGGAUCCAACCAAGAUUCUUAUAACUGGUAAAACCAGAUUACGUGUCAAUUGUGUUGGAAUUUUUGAUGUCUUAACGUUUGACAGUAGUCAAAAUAAUCCACUGGGAAUGAUGCCUCAGUAUCAGCAAGCCGAUCUGAUCUCUCUAGGAAAAGUUGUUUUGGCCUUAGCUUGCAACUCUGUGGCUGGAAUCCAGCGUGAGAAUUUACAAAAGGCUAUGGAGCUGGUGUCCCUCAAUUAUUCUUCAGACCUGAAAAACUUAAUCCUGUAUUUGCUGACUGACCAAAACCGGCUACGCAGUGUAAAUGAUAUUAUGCCGAUGAUUGGUGCACGUUUUUACACGCAAUUGGAUGCUGCACAGAUGAGAAAUGAUGUGAUAGAAGAUGAUCUGAUGAAGGAGGUGCAAAAUGGGAGGCUGUUUAGGCUACUAGCAAAACUGGGAACCAUCAAUGAGAGGCCAGAGUUCCAAAAGGAUCCAACCUGGUCAGAAACAGGCGACAGGUACCUAUUAAAGCUAUUCAGAGAUCAUCUUUUCCACCAGUUGACUGAAGCGGGUACUCCAUGGAUUGACCUCAGUCACAUAGUCUCCUGUUUAAACAAGUUGGACGCUGGUGUACCAGAAAAAAUAAGUCUUGUUUCAAGAGACGAAAAGAGUGUUCUCGUGGUGACAUAUGCUGAUCUGAAGCGUUGUUUUGAAAGCGCUUUCUCAGAACUCCUAGCAGCUUCUAAUGGACAGUUGUAGUAUUCGCUGUGCUCAGGCAAGACUUUGCCGAAGAACAAUAUAAAGAGCUAAUUGCACUACAACUGUAUUAAUGCCACCUCAUUUCACAUUUAAAAGACAAAUGUAAAUGAGCAGCGCUGCUUGCACUUCGGUCAGGUACACUGUUACUUGAAGGAAAAACGUCCAUAUUACAGGAGCCUAGAACUGCCAUCAGAGGUUGUGUCUGUGAAGACUGUUUUUAAAUUGGGGAGUGGCAUCAGAUGCAUGAUGAUCCCAGUUUUAUUUUUUCACAUGUUUAUGCACUAAUUUUAAGUUCAAGACUUGUGAUCUUUAAGGAUUUACCACAUGUAAUUUUGAAAAGGGAAAAUUGUUAUCUUUAGAAUUAAUUUCUGGGUAACAGUAUAUGCCCCUAAGGAAGAUGUUGAAGUGAUUGUACUGCACCCAAUCCUGUGGCAAGGACUAGGUGAAAAUGCCAUUGGAUAUGCUAUUUGGUGAACUGAAUUCCGAUGGUUAUAUUUCUGGCAAAGUCACGCUGGACUUCAGACCGACUGCCAUGUGCUAUCACUUAGAAAACCAAACUACAGAAAGCAUAUUUUUAUGGAAAUCAGGUGGAAUAUUAUAUGGACGCUAUUCUUCUAGGAACUAAACAGCUCCUGUGUGUCAGUGUUGAUGGCAUCUUUGUGAACUGUCACAGCUACACAUCUUUCAUAACAAAAUUAAAAAGUAGCUUUUUUGCUUCAUACAGUUACCAGCGCCUUUUUUAAAAACAAAUCCAGUGUAAGUAAUUGGAACAGGUAAGAUGCCUCUACAUUUAUGCAAGCUUUUUUUUAUAGGAGACUAAUUUUUAAAUUGGGUUCAAUACCUGAAAUGUCAGGAGUGGAUUAGGUUUUGUUAUGUAUCAUUUAAUUUUGUAUAAAGUUCUAUUAUUUGAACAGCAGCUUUAAUAGGGUGCUUUACACUGGAUAAGGAAACCAACAAGAACUUUGUCAAGUACACUUGCACAAAAACGCAGCAGUUGUUUCACAGUAGUAACCUGUGCAAUUUUGGAAGGAUUGUGGGCUGCUGUGCCUUUAAAAUACUGCUGCCCCAAAGUUGGCUUUGCAAUUAGUCAUCCUAAUUACAGAUAUGUGAAACUACCUAAAGUGUGAUGUUUCAGUUUCUUGAAGUCAGAAACUAUAUCACUUUUUUUGGGAAACUCUUUCGUUUGCAGAAUUAAAUUUUAAAUGUGUUGUCAAGUAUUGAAACGGAACCAUUUGGGAAAUAAGAGGAACAUAUCAAAAUGCAAUGCAGACUUUUUCAACCAAACAAUCAUAUACAACUGCCAAAUCCAUUGGGCCAAAAUGUUGAGGUGAACAUAAAGAAAGUGAAUUCAGUGUAAUGACUAUAACAUGUGUCUUUUCUUCCCAGCAUUAAAUGUUUUAUAGUACUGGCUGCUUUGUGGAAAAAAUGCUGAAACUGAAAGCAAUACAGCCUUUACAAUUGAAAGUUCUUUCCUAUUGUCCAGUUUUAUAAACUUAAAAUUCUGCAUACUGGAUUUGUUUCAGUAUUGGCAACACCAUUCAUGCGAUAAGUUUGAACAGUAAACUUAUUUGGCAACCACAACAAGAUUCACUAGGUAGCAGCAGUUAAAAUUGAUGGGGAAGGACUACAUAUAUUUGUGAUUAUGACACAUUUGUAUGCAUCCUGUGCAAAUUGACCUAUGAACAGGCUGUAGAAGCAAUCACAAUGUUUCCCUGAUUUUAGUUGUAAAGGAAUUGAAGAAACUGCUAUGUUCUUUCAAGGAUAAUGUCCUAAGUAAAGGUGUGUCAAUAGCUCAUCUGUUUGACAGAGAAGCAGCUGUUUUUUGUAUGUUUUGGGAAAAAAAUGCAUUCUUUUUUAUAAAACUAAAAAAACAAAAAAAUGGUAUUCUGACAUAAUGAGGAGAAAUACUGUAUUUAUAUCAUUCUGUGCACUUCAAAAGGUUCUUGUUUCCACAUUGUUUGUGAAUAAUUGCAGAAAGGGGAUCAUCUAUGGGUAUUAAGGGUUGAGGGUGUUUGGACUCCUCAUAGUCUCAGUAUGGACCAAUAUUUGGGUAACAGGCAGAGGUAAACAGGGCUUAAAUUUUGAUGUUUACUCAACCAGCACACUGCCUCUGGAUUAUCAAAAGCAAAAAAAAAAAUUCCUGAAUUUAAAAAAAUUCUGAUUACUCUGUUCUUACCUCUAAUGUGAUUUUAUAUUGAGGUAGCGAAAUGCCUGCAAUAUUAAUUUGAAUGUAUUCAUGAUCCAGCCCAAGUUAGCAUUUGCACAUCAGAUUGUACGUUCUUUGCUCAUUUGUUACCAUAUUUAACAUCUCUAGUCACCAUGAGAUUUUAGGUCUAGAUCUAUGAAGUUUAUCCAUUGACUUAUGUUCUAAACUGUUGCCAGUUCAUGCGGUUAUAGAAUAUUUACAGUUGGGCUUUGAAGUUGGUAUUGAUUUCUUAAAACCUUGGGCAACUGUGCUUAAAUAAAUGCAUCAGCUAUUUCAAAAUAGUUUAGAAAGGCUUGAAAUACAUUGAGUAAUGUGCUACCUUUUGAUGAUCCAGUGCCAGCCCUUGAAAUCACAUGGUGACUUCAACUUUGAAAUCAUGUAUUCUUUGAAAAUUCUUUUCAAUUAUAUACAGGGUUUUCAGUUGGCUAAUGCUGUUUAAAACAAUCCACGUAUGUAUUACUAAAAAUAGUUUUUAUAUAUUCUAUACGUAACAGUUUUUUUUGUAAGAAAACCUUGUAAGCAUAUCCUGCGCAUGUUCCACGUUGGCCUUAUUUUGUUUAUUUGUGAAGAAAAAAAAUCCUUAAACCAGCUACCACAAAAGAAUUGGGCAGUUUUGUCUGUUAUGAUCCCUCCUCUAUGUUAAAUGUUUCCACCUCUGAUUUAAACUUUUGUGUGUACAGCAGUAUUUUAAUAAAGAAUACCAGAAUUCAA